AUGUUUGAUUAUUUGUUAAGAUUAUUGGAUUCAAGAGCGUCAAGAAUGGAGCCAAAUCAAGCGUUACGUUCAUUACAUGCAGAUUAUAUCGGCGGUUUGAAUUCUAAUUUCAAAAAAUGGUAUUUUUCUGCUCAGCUAGACAUUGACGAUACUGUUGGUUUUAUAAAUGUUAAGAAAAAUGGGAAAGUCAAAAGUUCUUAUCGUAAAGAUAAUGAUUUGGAAGGAGAAGAGCCAGUGGUUCUCACAUUGAAUGAUUCAGAGAAAAGGUGGUCUGAAAACAUGAAUUCUUUGUCAGCUCAUGACUCAAUCAUUCAAAUUUCUAUUUACUUGUUAUGUUGGGGUGAAGCAAAUAAUAUAAGAUUUAUGCCUGAGUGUCUUUGUUUUAUUUUCAAAUGUUGCAAUGAUUAUUAUUAUGGAUUGGAAAAAAUCAAAAAAGACUAUCCAGAUCUAGAGAAGCCAACCAAUUUUCUUGAUCAUGUUGUUACACCACUUUAUGAAUACUAUAGAGAUCAAUCUUAUGAGAUGAUCGGUGGCCGUUACGUCAAUAGAGAUAGAGACCAUGCUUCAACUAUCGGAUACGACGAUAUAAAUCAGUUUUUUUGGUAUCGUAAAGGUUUAGAGAGGAUUCAGAUUCAAAAAAGUAAAAGAAUGUUGGUGAGUUAUCCACCUCAUGAACGUUAUCUAUAUUUAAAUUCAAUCAAAUGGUCAAAAUGUUUUUAUAAAACUUAUAAAGAAAAACGAACUUGGGGUCAUGUCAUUUUGAAUUUCAAUAGAGUUUGGAUUAUUCAUAUUGCAACCUUUUGGCUAUACACGUCGUUGAACUCUCCAACACUUUACACAAAGAAUUACCAACAGCACCUCAAUAAUAAACCAACUAAUCAAGCAACACUUUCAAUAAUGGCAUUAAAUGGGUCAAUCAGCACAUUUAUCAACAUUAUUGCCACAAUCUUGGAGUUUUUUUUCAUCCCAAGAAAAUGGCCCGGCUCCCAACCUUUAGUUUCAAGGUUGUUGAUUUUGAUUUUGAUAUUUAUUAUCGUUACUGCUCCAUCCAUUUAUAUUUUCGCCUUUAUUCCAUUGAAAAUUCAAACAACUCUAGGUCUUGGUUUGGCUAUCACGCAAUUCAUCGUGUCCAUAUUUGUUAGUUUGUAUUUUGCAAUUGUUCCAAUUGGAUCUAUAUUUGGUGGUUCCUUGAAAAGAAGAAAGAGUAGAGAUUAUUUGCCAAAUUUAAACUUUACAAAUUCUAUCCAUAAGUUGAAUGGUAAAGCUUCGUUAUCGUCUUAUGGUUUAUGGUUUACUGUGUUCACUGCAAAGUUUCUUGAGUCUUACUUCUUCCUAACUUUGUCAUUGAAAGACCCAGUGCGAGAGUUGAGUGUUCUACAGAUGCAUAAAUGUGUUGGUGAAGUUUAUAUUGGCAGUCUUCUUUGUCGUUUUCAGCCCAAAAUAUUGUUAAGUCUAAUGUAUCUCACAGAUCUUGUCUUGUUCUUUUUAGAUACUUAUCUCUGGUACAUCAUUUGCAACACAUUUCAUUCUGUUUGUCGGUCAUUAUACAUUGGGGUUUCGAUUUGGACACCAUGGAGAAACAUUUUUUCAAGACUUCCAAAAAGAAUAUAUUCCAAAAUUAUAGCUGCUGCUCCUGAAAGUAACUUGAAAAGCAAGAUUUUAGUUUCACAGAUAUGGAAUUCCAUUAUUAUUUCAAUGUACAGAGAACAUCUUUUAUCUUUAGAACAUGUGCAAAGAUUGAUUUACCAGCAAGUUCUUCAAACUGGAUCAGACGGUCAUGAAGUUACAAUUCUUAAGGAACCUGGAUUUUUUGUUUCACAAGAAGAUCAAAUUAUGAAAUCAUCGUUGUUUGAAGCACAGUCUGAGGCCCAAAGAAGAAUCACUUUCUUUGCUCAGUCGCUAUCUACGCCAAUGCCUGAUCCUCCCCCUGUUGGUGCAAUGCCUUCAUUCACGGUGUUGGUGCCUCAUUAUAGCGAGAAAAUUACGUUAACGCUUAGAGAAAUCAUACGUGAAGAUGAAGGGUACUCUAAUGUUACUCUUCUAGAAUAUUUGAAGCAGCUUCAUCCACUUGAAUGGUCAUGCUUUGUUCAAGACACCAAAAUGCUAGCUGAUGAGGUCAAUAAUGAAAGUUCUACAAAUGAUGAGUCAGGUAUGUUUUCAGCCAAAGACAAAAUUGAUAACUUACCUUUCUAUUGUGUUGGUUUUAAGACAGCAACUCCAGAAUAUAUUUUGAGAACAAGGAUUUGGGCUUCAUUGCGCUCUCAAACUUUGUAUAGAACCAUCUCUGGGUUUAUGAACUACUCAAGGGCUAUUAAGUUAUUAUUUGAUGUGGAAAACCCAAAUUUGGAGGACUUUGACAAUGAUGAACAGAAGAAACUUGAAGCAGCUUCAAUAAUGGCAUUACGGAAAUAUAGAAUGGUUGUAUCUAUGCAACGAAUGAAUGAGUUCAAUCAGGAUGAGCAAGAAAAUAAGGAAUUACUAUUAAGGGCCUAUCCAGAGCUACAAAUUUGCUACUUGGAAGAAGAACUAAAUCCAGAGACAAAUGUUGUAACUUAUUACUCCUCAUUAAUUGAUGGAAGUUGUGAGAUUAUGGAAAAUGGUCAAAGAAAACCAAAGUAUAGAAUCAGAUUAUCUGGAAACCCAAUAUUAGGUGACGGUAAAUCAGAUAACCAAAAUCAUUCAUUAAUUUUCUGCAGAGGCGAAUACAUCCAGCUUAUAGAUGCCAAUCAAGAUAAUUACCUAGAAGAGUGUCUCAAAAUUAGAAGUGUUUUAGCUGAGUUCGAAGAAGGCGAAGAUGAGCAAGUAGAUCCAUAUCCCCAACCAGAAGAAUCUAAGGAACAUAAGGCCAGCAAUCCAGUGGCUAUUAUAGGUACAAGAGAAUACAUCUUUUCGGAAAAUAUCGGUAUUCUUGGUGAUGUUGCGGCUGGGAAAGAACAAACAUUUGGAACUUUGUUUGCAAGAACUUUGGCUAGAAUUGGCGGAAAAUUGCAUUAUGGUCAUCCAGAUUUUUUAAAUAUCAUAUUCAUGUCAACGAGAGGCGGUGUUUCCAAAGCUCAGAAGGGAUUGCAUCUUAAUGAGGAUAUUUAUGCUGGUAUUCAAGCUAUAUUACGUGGUGGUAGAAUCAAGCAUUCAGAAUAUAUACAGUGUGGGAAAGGAAGAGAUUUAGGUUUUGGCUCAAUUUUGAAUUUCAACACUAAAAUCGGUGCAGGGAUGGGUGAACAGAUGCUAUCAAGGGAAUAUUAUUAUUUUGGCACUCAGCUACCAUUGCACAGGUUUUUGUCAUUUUAUUAUGCCCACCCAGGCUUCCACUUGAACAAUGUUUUUAUUAUUCUUUCAAUCAGAUUAUUUUUGAUUGUUUCCGUGAAUCUUGCUGCUUUAGUUCAUGAAUCUGUCAUUUGUGACUAUAACCCUCAUAUUCCUAUUACAGACCCCAGAAAACCUACUGGUUGUGCGAAUCUCAUUCCACUCAUCAGAUGGCUAGAGAGAAGUAUCCUUUCAAUCUUUAUUGUCUUUUCAGUCUCAUUUGUGCCGCUAUUUGUUCAGGAGCUAACAGAGCGAGGUCUUUGGAGAGCUUUUACAAGGUUGAGCAAACAUUUUUUAUCGUUUUCGCCGUUGUUUGAGGUUUUCGUUUCUAAAAUCUAUGCACAGUCUUUGGUUAGUGACCUAGCAGUUGGUGGCGCAAGAUAUAUCGCCACAGGAAGAGGUUUUGCAACGGUUAGGGUUCCAUUCUCUAUACUUUAUUCAAGAUUCUCCUCAGAGAGUUUCUAUUUUGCUGCUACUGGAACUCUUUUAUUGGUUUACAUCUCAGUUGCGAUGUGGGAUAUUGCAUUGUUAUAUUUUUGGGUUACCAUUCUAGCACUCCUUAUCUCUCCAUUUUUAUAUAAUCCAAAUCAGUUUUCCUGGAAUGAAUUUUUCGUUGACUAUAAGAAUUAUCUAGCGUGGUUGUCUUCUGGAAACACAAAAUGGAGUGGAGACUCUUGGAUUGCCCAUGUGAGAGCCAUUAGAAUUCAAGUCACAGGGUCUAAGAAAAAGAAACUUGGAAAGCCUGGUGACAAGCUUGCUUCUGAUUUUAAAAGACCGUCUUUACUAAACAUUAUGUUUUCACAAAUUCUCACUCACUUGUUUUUGACGGUGUCAGUACUAGUUGCAUAUUUGUUUGUCAACUCACAAAAUGAUGUUCGAAGCGCUGUUCCAACAAACACUCUAUUGAGAAUCCUGGUAUUUGCCUUUGGUCCUAUUGUGCUGAACAUGGUUAUCUUACUUGUCCUUUUUGUCAUUUCUGCAGUGAUUGGUCCGUUUCUUUCAAUAUGUCUUCCAUCGUUUCCUUCACUUAUAUCAGGAAUUGCUCAUACAUUUGCAGUUAUGAACCAUAUUGUGUUUUUUGAACUGUUGUGGUUUGCUCAAAAUUGGGAUUUCAAAAACACAGUCCUUGGUAUGUGUGUUUGUAUUUUGAUCCAAGGAUUGUUUUUCAAACUCAUAAUUUCCAUCUUCUUAACUAGAGAAUUCAAGCAUGACAGAUCUAAUAGAGCUUGGUGGUCAGGUAAAUGGGCAACUGCUAGUUUGGGCUGGGGAAUUUUUACACAACCAGGAAGAGAGUUUUUAUGUAAAGUUGUUGAAUUAAGCAUGUUUACGGUGGAUUUUGUUUUGGGUCAUUUUAUUCUAUUUGCACAAUUACCGAUUUUGUUUAUUCCUUAUAUUGAUCGUUGGCAUUCAUUGUUGUUAUUUUGGUUGAAACCUGAACGACAAAUACGUCCUCAGAUUCUUUCUUCAAAGAAAAAAAGACGAAGAAGAUUAAUUGUUCAGUUUUAUUCAUUCGUGCUUCUUUUGGUAUUAGUAUUUUUUGUGGGGCUUUUCAUUUUACCGUUCAUAUUAGAUGAUGUUUUACAUUUUGAUAUUGGUCGAUACGUCCCAGAUAUUGCUCGUCAAAUUAUUCAGCCAGAUAAUGGUCCAAAUCUAAAAAAAGGGUUGAAAGCCUACAAGCUAAUGAAAAAGAAAAAUGCAGUAAGAUCUUGA